AUGGACCGAACAAGAGAGUUCCUUCUUUUUGCCGAAGCAUCUGGCCGUCCUCAAAGACAAGUAGCUGCCCCAAGCCAUUCCUCGGCCGCCUUAAUUUCUGAGAUCAAAGAGCAACUUGCCCAUCUCGAGAAAUCAAUAGAUAAGGGCCAAAAUUCUGAUAAACACAUUAUUCAGAAGAUAGAAGAUUCUCUUCAGCAGCUCUACGCCCUAACCCAACCGGCCGGCAAUCAAGCAGCCGCAGGAACCGAAAGCGAAAUGCAGCAGAAGAUUACCUCGAACAUUCGCCGACAGUAUGCCAGCCUUUCCCUUACCCUAGCCAAUAUCCUGCGCAAGGAGCAAAAGAUCAGGACCGCUCUGGAUGAAGAAGAACAGCGAGCCCGAAGACCGCCUGCCCACAGUCACCACACAGGCCAGCAAAUCUACCAAGAAAAACAGCGCGAGAUUCUUCGGGAAGAGGCCAGCAGUCUUCGCAAGCGCGAACUAGAAAGCAUUGAAACGCAUAUCAAUGAGCUCGGCAAAGUAAUCACUGAAGUGUCCAUGCAUAUCUCUAUGCAAGGCGAGCAAUUAGAACGAAUAGACGAACUCUUUAGCAAGUCCAAAGUCGCCCUUAAGAAGGGUAGUUUUGAGCUUAAUCAUGCCCUCGCCGCUGUAUCUAAACGGCGAAGGAACAUCAUUAUCUUAUUUGUUCUUCUCUUUGGCCUGCUUUUCCUAAUCAGGUCAAUAACUCGCUAA